AUGGCCAAAGAAUCUGCUUACAAAGAGGUUCGAGGUAGCCCUGAUGGUAGCUAUGCAAAGUUACCAAUGUAUUGUCACAUUCUGGAGAAAAAUAAUCUUGGUACGUUGACCUUUAUUGAAACCGAUAAUGAUGGACAUUUCAUGUAUUUUUUUAUGGCAUUAGGACCAAGCAUACGUGGAUUUCUCUCUUCAAUUCGACGGGUAAUUUGUGUGGAUGGAACAUUUUUGAAAUCUAAGUAUCGAGGUACGUUACUUGUUGCCACAUGCCAAGAUGCAAAUCGUCAAAUUUAUCCACUUGCGUGGGGCAUAGUGGAUUCAGAAAACAAUGACUCAUGGACUUGGUUCUUUCAGAAGUUACGACAGAUAACCGAUGACACAGACGAGCUAGUCUUUAUAUCUGACCGUGCAACAAGCAUAUCAAAUGGUUUCAACAGCGUCUAUCUUAACGCACAUCAUGGACAUUGUAUAUGGCAUUUGCAAACUAACUUGAAGAGCAAAUUCCCUCGCAUAGAUAUUGUGCCAUUGUUUAGAGCUACUGCACAGGCAUAUAGUUUGGCAAAAUUUGAGAUUAAUAUGCAAGCAUUGUGCAGUCUACACGAGAAAAUCAGAGAAUACUUAGAGGAAGAGGUUGGCGUGGAGUAUUGGUCAAGAGCACAUUUCAAUGGAAUCAGAUACAAUAUUAUGACCACAAACAAUGCAGAAUCAUUAAAUUCAUUGUUGAGAAGUGCUCGAGAAUUUUCUAUACUUGCUUUGAUCGAGUAUAUCAGGGAAAAGAUGCAGAGUUGGUUUCAUGAUAGGCGCAUUGAUGCCGAAAAAUGUACAAGCUAUCUCACCCCACUAAUGGAGGAGAAAAUGUACGAUAGGUAUAAUGAGUCAAAAGGUUUUGAGGUAAAAGCUCUUAGCCCAGAUGAAAUGCAAGUGAGUGAUAAAAUGAAAAGUUUUAUUGUUAAUUUGGAGAGGGGGACAUGCACAUGUAAGGAAUUUGAUCUGGACCAAUUUCCAUGUGCACAUGCAAUUGCAGUAGUAAGGGAUGUUGGAGACAAUUGUUACAGGUUUUGCUCUCCAUUUUAUAGCACUUCUUACUGGAAACAAGCUUAUUCUGAAUAUAUAUAUCCACUGUCAAAUGAGGUGGACUGGGAAAUUCCCGAUAGUGUUCGAUCAAGAAAGGUGAUACGACCGUUGACACGAAGAGGAAGUGGACGUCCACCAAAAAAAAGGAAACAAUCAGCCGGAGAGGUGUGCAAGUCUCGUAAGUGCAGUAGGUGUUUGAAAACUGGGCAUAACCGUAUCACUUGUACAGAUCGUGUACCACUUAACGAGAGACAUGAAUGA